CCUCUACAAUAUUACCUACCCGUACCAUGCUACUACGAAUUCGCAAUACUACGAAAUAAAGCGCACUGAUUGAUUACUUGAGAAUGCCUCACUCUAUAUCCCCCGAGGCUGAUAGCCAAAAUACUGCUACCGAAGAGACGAUGACGGACGCCCCAACUCAGAAUGGCAACAGCCAAGCAACGGACAAUGAUAUCACCAUGGCCGAGCCGGGUACUGUAUCAGCUACAAAUGGCAACGAUAAGAAGGAUGUGAAGCUAGAAGAUAUGUUUGACGACGACGGAUCAGAUGAAGAGUUCCCUAGUUCGCGGCCGGCUGUAGAUAAAUUCUCAAGUACUCCUGAUGCUCUGGGGUCACCUAUUGAUGGAGCGGUUCAAUUAGCAGCCUCAGACCCCGAGCUCAUGCGCAUUUUCUACCAACGAUUCUUUCCCUGGCGAUACCUAUUCCAAUGGCUUAACCACAGUCCGGUCGCCACGAACGAUUUUGCCCACCGAGAGUUCGCCUUCACGUUACAAAAUGAUAUUUACUCACGAUAUAAUUCCUACCCUAGUUCUGACCUACUCCGAAAAGAUGUCGUCCGCCUCCUACCAAGCCGUUUCGAAAUCGGACCCGUAUACUCCACGAACCCACGCGAACGCAAGACCCUCCGAAACUCGAGCGCUUUUAAGCCACUAGCCAAAGAACUAUGUUUCGAUAUCGAUUUAACAGAUUACGAUGACAUCCGAACAUGCUGCGACAAGGCCAAUAUCUGCAACCUGUGCUGGCAAUUCAUCACCAUGGCUAUUAAAGUGGUUGACGUUGCGCUGCGCGAGGACUUCGGGUUUAAGCAUAUUAUGUGGGUGUACUCUGGACGAAGAGGUGCGCACGCUUGGGUGUGUGAUAAGAAGGCACGAUUGUUGGAUGAUCAAAAGAGGAGGGCGAUUGUGAGUUACCUUGAGGUUAUUCGGGGUGGUGCGCAGAGUGGGAAGAAGGUCAAUCUGAGGAGGCCUUUGCAUCCGCAUUUAAGUCGGAGUCUGGAGAUUCUAGCACCCCAUUUCCAAGACGAUGUGCUCGAGUCGCAAGAUCCUUGGUCUGAGCCUGAACGAGCCGAGCAACUACUUUCUCUUCUCCCGGAUAAAACCCUCAACGAGAGUUUGCGCAAAAAAUGGGACUCAUCUCCUGGACGAGUUAGCACAUCGAAGUGGGCUGAUAUCGACGCAGUAGCCAAAUCUGGUGCAAGCCGAAAUUUGGAUGCUAGAGCGCUGCUCGAGGCUAAGCAAGAUAUCGUGCUCGAGUACACAUACCCACGUCUCGAUGUCGAAGUCAGUAAGAAACUGAACCAUUUGCUGAAAUCGCCAUUCGUUGUGCAUCCUGGUACUGGGAGAGUGUGUGUACCGAUCGACAUGCGGAAGCUCAGCGAAUUCGACCCGCUCGGUGUGCCCACCGUCCAGGGUCUGCUAGAGGACAUUGACUCUUGGAAGGGCGAGAAUGAAGAUGGUGAGGAGGUCAAAGGUAACCUUCAGGAUUGGGAGAAGACUACAUUGAAGUCGUAUGUAGAGUACUUCCGCAGCUUCGUGCUGGCGCUUAUGAAGGAUGAGAGGGAUCCUAAGGUCAAGAGGGAGAGGGAUGAGAGUGAGGCUAUGGAGUUCUAAGCUACCUAGGCUUUUCU